ACGAAAAUCUUCACGUUGUGUUUAUUGAUGUGAACAUUGUAUUUGAGUAGCAUAUGUAUUUUUGUUUUUUGUUGUUGUAGAAAGCAUCGUGACCCCCGGCAUGAGGUCGGGGGAGGCGGGCGAGGGUUCGGAGCUGGCCGAGUUCGGCGCGCGCUGGCCCCCGCCCUACAACCAGGGCUACGGGUGGACGCGCUCCGCCACACCGCAGCACCCGCCGGCACAUCACCUAGCCAGGCAUUCCAGGAGCCACCAGGAUAACCGGCAUACGAGCUAUGAGGCAGAAGAUGCAAGAGGCCGGGCGCGGGGCGGGGUUUAUUACUCGCCGCCAGGCACAUCGUACACCAUCGUGGAAAGACCAGCUUCGUCACACGGUCACCACAGCUCGUACUCACAUCACUACGCGGGGAAGCUGUCCCGGGCACCCUACCUCGGCUCCACUACAAUUGCGAACAGUGCAGCUGGAGCAACAAGUUUAAGAAACAGUACAAAUCACCUGAGCGCAGCGAACGGGAAGAAGCGACCGAUAUCGCCCGAGCAGGUGCUUCGGUUGUUCGGGCAGGGCGGCGCUGCGGCACUAGGAAAAGCACUGCCACCGUCGCAUCCUCCAGCGCCUCUACCUGCACCCCUACCCGCUCGCAGGCACUCCCCCGCCAGCAGCCCCAGCAGCACUACGCAUCAUGCAAUAUAUCGAGGGGGUGAACGUGAGCGGCCGUACUCGUCGGGCGGGGCGCCGCCGCCGCCGGCGGAACCCGCCACGCGAACCGUCACCAUGAGCCGAGACCCUGCCGACUCGCAUGGCUUUGGCAUCUGUGUCAAAGGCGGGAAGGAGGCAGGCGUAGGUGUGUACAUAUCGAGAGUGGAAGAAGGUUCGGUGGCGGAGCGUGCGGGGCUGCGCCCUGGGGACUCCAUUUUGCAAGUCAAUGGCACUCCGUUUUCCGGAAUUUCACAUGAAGAUGCUCUUAAGAUGCUGAAAUCGUGUCGUCAGUUAACGAUGACGGUGCGGACAGCAGGCGCGUUGGUCGGGCGGGCCUCAUGCUCGUGGAUGGACCGGUACGGGCGACCCGCCUCGCCGCCACCGCUGCGUCCACCGCGGUCCUCUAGCAAAGACCGCUCCGUACGUAGGGUCGACCUCUGUAUAGAGCCAGGACAGUCGUUAGGACUAAUGAUAAGAGGAGGGCUCGAGUACAACCUUGGCAUCUACAUCACUGGGGUCGACAAGGAUUCCGUUGCAGAUAGAGCGGGACUUAUGGUUGGAGACCAGAUCUUGGAGGUGAAUAAUCAGUCGUUCAUCGACGUGACGCAUGACGAAGCAGUCGCGCAGCUCAAGUACCACAAACGUAUGUCGUUGGUGGUGCGGGACGUUGGGAAGGUGCCUCAUGCUUGCACUGCAUAUGGAGAACGGGAUGCGGCUCCAAGAAUAAGUGGGUGGGGUAAGCGUCGUGGUGCUGCAGCUACGGCGGUGGAGCAGAAGGCGCGGUCGCUACUGCCUCAGUGCGACCUGCCGGCCAUCGCCUACUACAUGGAGGAGUACGCCUCGAGGAGACUCACUCCUGACUCCUUCCUCACAGUCGUCAGGGAUCUACUCGACACGCCACAGAAGUACACUCUUCUGACGGAGAUAAGGGAAUUCAUGUUACCAGAGGAUAGAGCGAGGUUUGAUGAGCUCGUGUACAGAAGAGGCGAGGAGCCCGUCGACCACCAUAUCAAGCGGGGUCCUGAGCGACACAUGCUACCCUCCUCGACGAUGCAUGAGUUGCACGACCCGGAGUACGAGGAGGAGGGCCGGAGAUCUCGACGACACUCUUCCCCGUGCAACUCGAGAGAGGGCAGCACCACCGCGUUACACACGCAACACUACGAUGACUCCGAGUUAGCACACAAUUUGUCACGAAGUUUCGACAUGAAAGAGGAUAGUGGUGCGUUGUUGGAGGAGCGGGGCGGUAUCCGGCGGCACCAGUCCAUGCAGCGACUGCAGCACGGCGAGCUGCCGGACGAGGCGCGCGCGGCGCGGGUCGUGCCGGACCAUCACGGCAACCUGCACAUCACCGUCAAGAAGACCAAGCCUAUCCUCGGCAUCGCCAUCGAAGGCGGUGCCAACACUAAGCACCCGCUGCCCAGAAUUAUUAACAUUCAUGAGCACGGAGCUGCUUAUGAAGCUGGUGGGUUAGAAGUGGGUCAGUUGAUCCUCGCGGUGGAUGGACAUCGCGUGGAAGGUCUCCAGCAUCAAGAUGUAGCGCGGUUGAUAGCGGAGUCCUUUGCACAAAGGGACAAACCGGAGAUCGAGUUCCUGGUUGUGGAAGCAAAGAAGUCCAACCUGGAGCCGAAGCCAACCGCGUUGAUUUUUUUGGAGGCCUAACAUCUACUGUCCCUCCCCGCCAGCGACCCGCCGGCCGCGCAGGGCAGCGCGGCGGCGCGGGCCGACCUCACCGCGCACACCACGGAAUAGCCAACUCCAACCUGCGCUGCCAC